GGGGGUGAUGCAAUUUAUUCGCAACAGCCUCUCGUUUUCAUUCAUCAGCAAUCAGGGAAAUAACGAACAAUCGCCGGAAAAUGGUGCAUCGAACGAAACGGAUGAAACACCCGAUCGGCGUAAGGGUGCACCGUCACGCUCGGAAUCGAACCUUAGCGAACAGUCGCAGUAUGCGACGGUUCGAUCAAAGUUGCCGCUGAAUUUGGGCAGUCCUCCGUCGGCUUACAGCACACCGUUCCAGAGUCCGAUCAUCGCUAACCGCACCUACCCAACGUUGGCCAGCGCAGCCGCAACACUGAACGGAAACGAUAGCCGGGAUGAUUCAGGCAACGGGACCAUUAAGCCGGAACGCAGCAGUAAGGUGUACUUUAUUGAGCAGGGCCAGCUGCAGACAGAUUACGAGCUACCAGAGCGACCGGGACGAUCAAUGCGCGGUACCGGUGCCAGUGAUGGCGUGGUCAAUCCUGCCUUCACCAACGAUUCCGGAGCCACUGUGAUAAACAUGUCCAGCACACAACCCAGCGUUAUACGGGAACAGUACUGGACGUGGUCGUGUCGAUGCCGUCGAGAACUCACCUCCCGCGAGAAGGCUCUACUUAUUGUGAUUUUCAUUCUGGUGCUGGUCAUUGGAGGGCUCGCAACGUACCUUGGCAUUGUGGUAGAUAGCGAUGAUGGAAUUACAGGUGGCAUUCUAACGAGAAGUGUGCUGCAACCAAUGGCCAGCGAACAAUAAAGAGAAGGAAGAUGAUAGUUUCGAUCACAGCACGAUCCUAUGGGCGCAGAUUGUAUUGCGAUUGCAUCUCUUGUAAACAAACGAUAGUCAACAGCGGUCAUAUAUGUAAACAAAAAACGAAACACCCCAUCGAGAGACUCCUCAAACUACAGACCCAACUCUACCUGAAGACUGCAUAUCACACCUGUUUCUAUCCCAUGACGUUAAGGAAAUCCAAGAACAACGCAUGGUAUCAAUCAAGUACACGUUUAGUUACUAGUAAUUGUAAUUGUUCCCUGAUCUAUGUAUAUUUUACGCCAUUUACAUUAUUUUUGUAAGCCGAAACACAGUACGUUAGGAGAAGCGUUUCAUCUGUUAAUAAAUCUGUAUAAUCUGCUUGAUACAAGCG